GCCCGCCGCGCUCCCCUCCCACUCACCGCUGUCCCCCGGACGCAGGGCCGCGCGUCCAGCCGGGCGCGGGGGUUCCCCGGGGAGGGGCCGGCCCGGGCGGGGCCAACGAUGGAGGAGCCGCAGCGCGUCCGCUCGCACACCGUCACCACCACCGCCAGCUCCUUCGCCGAGAACUUCUCCACCAGCAGCAGCAGCUUCUCCUACGACCGCGAGUUCCUCCGCACCCUGCCUGGGCUCCUCAUCGUGGCCGAGAUCGUCCUGGGACUGCUGGUGUGGACACUUAUUGCUGGAACUGAGUACUUCCGCGUCCCUGCAUUUGGCUGGGUCAUGUUUGUAGCUGUAUUUUACUGGGUCCUCACUGUAUUCUUCCUCAUCAUCUACAUAACGAUGACCUACACCAGGAUUCCCCAAGUGCCCUGGACAACAGUGGGCCUGUGGUUUAACGGGAGUGCCUUUGUCCUGUACCUCUCAGCUGCCGUGGUGGAUGCAUCGUCCGUCUCCCCGGAGAGGGACAGCCACAACUUCAACAGCUGGGCAGCCUCAUCGUUCUUUGCCUUCCUGGUCACCAUCUGCUAUGCUGGAAACACCUAUUUCAGUUUUGUUGCAUGGAGGUCCAGGACCGUACAGUGAUUUGCCAUUUUGAUAAUUAAAAGGAAAAAUAAUAGGAGGAUCCUCACUGUAAAAACAGCUGUAGGUAUAAUGUAUAUUUCCAGAGAAUAGUAUUUAACUCAUGUUUUUAUAUACUUAGUUAAAUUGGCUCACAGUGGUUUGUUACAGUUAAACUGGAUACUUAUUUGCAAAGCUCAAUACCGUUACAGUGAACUCUUGAGUAUAUUGUUGGUGUCUUGAUAAACCUUAUUUUCUUAGACAAUGUGUAAUAAAUAGGUCAAUUGCUAAUGUUAAGAAUGUGUUAAGUUUGUAAAUCUAACUUUUAAAAUGCCAGACUCUUUUUUGAUUAAAUAUUUCAAAAUC